UUUGGACGUCUCUCCCUUCCACUAAAAUCACUGCCCUGAUACCCUCCCUCGUUUGAACCAAAGAUACUAUAAUCACUCCUCCCUCCUCUUCCGCCGCCUCCAACUCCGCCUUCCUCUCUAUUGCACUGUAUUGAAGCGUGAUCUUGGAAAUGAAGGAGUCUGGAAACGACGGGUUCGUCGGUUCCGAAGACAAACUCCCCGCCGUGUCGCCGCCUCCCCCCGUCGAACCGUCUGUGCCGGUGGCUGCCGAGAUUUCGACGGCAAGCAGCAAGCUGAAACUGGCAACAACAAAUGCCUUAACUUACCUCAAGACUGUGAAGGAAACUUUUCAGGACAAGAAGGAUAAGUAUGGUGAAUUUCUUGAUGUCAUGAUAGGUUUUAGGGCUCAAAGAAUUCAUAUCGACGGCCUCAUAGCCAAAUUAAAGGAGCUAUUUGAAGGUAAUUGGGACCUAAUUAUGGGAUUCAAUGCCUUCUUGCCGAAAGGAUGUGAAAUCACACUCCCUGAGGAUGAAUCUCUGAAGAAGAAGCCAGUAGAAUUCCGCAAAGCUAUCAAUUUCGUUAGAAAAAUCAAGGCUAGAUUUCAAGGCCAUGUAUAUGAUCAUGUUUACAGAUCACUCCUUGAAAUUUUGAAUAUGUACAGAAGACCUAAUAAAUCCAUAACGGAGAUUUAUGAGGAGGUUGAAGUUCUUUUCCGUGGACGCCAUGACCUACUUGUUGAGUUCAUGCAUUUCUUGCCUGAUCCUUUGGACACAAAGAAUGUUGAGUAUCUACCCAGAAACACUACUCGCCAUGGGAAUGAUUGAAGCACUCCCGUGACCUCAGUAAGGACGAUGCAUGUUGAAAAGGAAGUCUCAAGCUUAAAAUCAUGAUUGUCUACAUUCUUGUCCAGUCCCCGGCUUGCUACGAAAAGCUACGAGUCAUAAAUGAGGCUAUGCGGUGUGGGAAUUUAGUCAAGUUUGUGUACCGUAACGCUAUAAAAAAUAAUAUGUGAUUCUUGAAGGAUAGCAAGUGCUCCCUUUAAUGCCGGCAACUCAUUUGGAACAUGUUAUUAGGCUUGCAUUAGAACAGAGAUUGAAAUAUUCUUAACUACAUCUUUGGCGAAAGUAGAGUAAUAAAUUUUACUAUUGGACACCCAAUCGGGGGUUUCUUGUUACUAAAUUGAUGUUUGCAAUUGUGUUUGUUUUAGAAUUUCAGAGACCGGUGAUAUGCUGAUUGGCCCUGACUUGGCAAUAAACAUAAAGCUUUGCAAUAUAAUAAACAUGGAUCCAGGAUAACCGUUUUUUAUUAUUUAUUUAUUGGGAUUCCAACAAUGGUAUAUCAUUUCGAUUGAAUGUUUUCGAUAUCUUAUAAUUGCAUCAUAGUUCAUGAGAAUUCAAAUACAGGCAGACGAAGGCUGCCCUAAGUUACUCAAGAAAAUAUAGGGGAAUAAGAGCUCUGAAAUUAAGAUCUUUGCACUAAUGGUAAGUUGUUGCCCUCUCCACAAUUACAUUUUUCCAAGUUUGUUCAUUUAGUGACCAGAUCUUUCUCAGGUUGUGGCCUAAUAUCUAAUAAUGUUGUUCAAUUGAUAGAAGUAUAAAUUUUAAUUAAUAUAACUAAAUUCUUAUCACGCUUUGAUCAAUUUUUUUCCAAUGUUGUUUGCAAGGUAACUUUGUUCUGCACUGAAUCCAUAAGCAAAAACAAAUAGUAUUUACUUAUGCUGCCACUCGGUCAUAGUUACCUAUAUGUGUCUUGUGUUCUCAUAGAAUUCCUAUUUAAUUUAAUAUGUUGAUAUUCAUUCAAUGCCUGUAAUUUUCCGAAGCCUUAUCGCAUUGUUUGGAGCCACCAUUAAAUAAUAGGGGAUGACCCAGAGACCGUAUUCGAAGCCUUAUCGCAUUGUUUGGAGCAAACAUGUUCUCCUCAAUUCCAGCACAUGGGCGGUUUGCAAUUUGGCUUCAGCGUUAUCGAUGAUAUGAUUUAUCUUCUCUAUCUCGGGAGAUCUGCUUUAGUUUGCUUGCUUUGUGAUAUGCAGAAGUUACAGAAAGGAAAGAAUUGAAGAACAAACUCAAGUCUGCUUUUAUUUCAUCAUGUGUUGGGUACACGAGCAGCAAUCCAAAGUUUGAUCUUCCUUGGAAGCUAUUGUCAAUUUGGAGAAGAUUUCUACGAUGGAAUACAUACAGUAAAAGAAACAACGCCAAGAUGAAGCCUAAAACUGAAAGGAUCGGUGAGACUUUGAUUAAAGAGCCUGCCUGAAUUCUCUUAUCCUAACUGGGUUUGUUCGACAUAAACCUCCACCACCGUUGUCGCCACCUCGCCGUCGUCGCCACUCGCCUACCUCGCCCGCUGUUCACCCACCCCUGCCCACAAUGACUUCCUGCAAAAGAAAUCUACGAAGAAAGAAGAUAGUAAUUGAAGAAAAAUAAUAAGAAAUAGUUGAUGAUUAUCGGGUAAUCAUUGCGAAAUAUAUUUUGAGUGCGGCGAAGUCCUGUUAGUAGGACCAAGUUGGGUGCAUUGGUGGUUUAGUUUUCAGCAUUGUAUAUAUUGUAAAUAUUUUAUUCUCGUUGAUUAAAUAUUAGAGCUAAAUUGUUUGUGGUCUUUACUUGUGUUUCAAUUUGAUUUAGUAGUGCAUAGAAAGAUUACCAUGAAUAACUGAGAAAUUUGUCACCGAGUCCACUAGAAACUAUGAUAUUACCUCUGAAAAAAUAUGAUGUUAUAAGCUAAAAAAUUCACAAAUAUACGGUUUUGAAAUUUACUAUUUUUUGCGGAAACACGAAAACAUGCUAUGUUUCUGCCAAAAACAGAUGUUUUCUUGGCCAAUACCUGCUGUUUUUGGCAGAAACACAACAUGUUUCCGCGAGUGUUUUCGCGAGAGUAGUUCAACUUAGGUAAAAAAUU